CGUAGCCGGACGCAUCUACCGGCUGCCUGGCAUGGCUGGCACGGUGCAGAGCCGCGGGCUAGGGCACAGCCAGACAGCAGGGGGCGGACCGGGGCUAGGGGCUGGGCUGACUGCGGCGCUGGCGGGGCUGGCAGGGCUGGCCGUUGCAGCCUUCGGGCACGUGGAGCGAGCGGAGAUGGUGCCAAAGAGCACGGGGCCGCGGAGCCCCCAGUCGAGAAAGCCAGAGGAGGAUGACGAACUGGGCCGCCGCUGCAGCUGCUUCAUGGCCUUGCCUGUAACCGACCUGCCCGAGCUUCGGAGGAGGCCAGGCGACAUGAAGACCAAGAUGGAGCUGUUGAUCAUGGAGACGCAGGCCCAGGUGUGCCAGGCUCUGGCACAGGUAGACGGAGGCGCCAGCUUCUCUGUGGACCGGUGGGAGAGGAAGGAAGGAGGUGGUGGCAUAAGCUGUGUGCUUCAAGAUGGGCGUGUUUUUGAAAAGGCUGGAGUGAGCGUUUCUGUCGUUCAUGGAAAUCUUUCUGAGGAAGCAUCAAAACAGAUGAGAAGCAGAGGGAAAAUCCUGAAGACUAAAGAUGGUAAAUUGCCAUUUUCUGCUAUGGGUGUGAGCUCUGUUAUCCAUCCCAAGAAUCCUCAUGCUCCUACUAUCCAUUUCAACUACAGAUACUUUGAAAUAGAAGAAGCAGAUGGUAACAAGCAGUGGUGGUUUGGUGGUGGAUGUGACCUUACUCCAACAUACUUGAACCAAGAAGAUGCUGUCCAUUUUCACAGAACUCUAAAGCAGGCUUGUGACAAGCAUGGUCCAGAUCUGUACCCCAAAUUUAAAAAAUGGUGUGAUGAUUACUUCUUCAUAGUCCAUCGUGGAGAGCGGAGGGGCAUCGGUGGGAUCUUUUUUGACGAUCUUGACUCUCCAUCCGAGGAAGAGGUGUUCCGCUUUGUGCAGAGCUGUGCCCAGGCUGUAAUUCCUUCUUACAUUCCACUUGUGAAAAAGCAUUGUAAUGACUCAUUCACUCCCCAGGAGAAGCUGUGGCAGCAGCUCAGGAGAGGCCGGUAUGUGGAAUUUAAUCUGCUGUAUGAUCGAGGCACAAAGUUUGGUCUCUUCACUCCAGGAUCCAGGAUCGAAAGCAUCUUGAUGUCUUUACCACUAACUGCUCGGUGGGAGUACAUGCAUUCACCCUCAGAGAAUUCCAGAGAAGCUGAAAUUCUGGAAGUUCUGCGCCAUCCGAGGGAUUGGGUCCAUUGA